ACGCUUUUGGUGUGACUCCUCUGUCUGCUUAGCACAACUACUUUGCUUGUGCUAUCCGUUUCUUUGUUGUUAAGUUUUAUCAUUAUAAAGUGUCCUUCUCUACCUCAACUGCUGCAACAUGGCGGGAAACUUCUGGCAAAGUUCUCAUUAUCUUCAGUGGGUUCUGGACAAGCAGGACCUGAUGAAAGAGCGGCAGAAGGACCUGAAGUUCCUCUCAGAAGAGGAGUACUGGAAGCUGCAGAUUUUCUUUGCCAAUGUGAUCCAGGCUCUGGGGGAACAUCUGAAGCUGCGGCAACAGGUCAUUGCCACGGCAACUGUUUACUUCAAACGCUUCUAUGCCAGGUAUUCCCUUAAAAGUAUUGAUCCCGUGCUCAUGGCUCCUACUUGUGUUUUUCUGGCUUCUAAAGUCGAGGAAUUUGGAGUUGUGUCCAAUACCAGGCUGAUAUCUGCAGCAACAUCUGUGUUGAAAACAAGAUUUUCCUAUGCCUUUCCAAAGGAGUUCCAGUACAGAAUGAAUCAUAUACUAGAAUGUGAGUUCUACCUUCUGGAGUUGAUGGACUGCUGCCUGAUCGUGUACCACCCUUACAGACCCCUGCUGCAGUACGUGCAGGACAUGGGACAGGAGGACAUGCUGCUGCCCCUGGCCUGGCGAAUAGUGAACGACACGUACAGGACGGAUCUGUGUCUGCUCUACCCUCCCUUCAUGAUCGCCUUGGCCUGUCUGCAUGUGGCCUGUGUGGUGCAGCAGAAAGACGCCAGGCAGUGGUUCGCAGAGCUCUCUGUGGACAUGGACAAAAUCCUGGAGAUCAUCCGUGUCAUCCUGAAGCUUUAUGACCAGUGGAAAAACUUUGACGACAGGAAAGAGAUAGCUGCGGUGAUAAACAAGAUGCCCAAACCCAAACCUCCCCCCAACAGUGAGAGUGACCAGAGCUCAAAUGGGAACCAAAGCAACUCCUACAGCCAGUCUUAGCGUCAUCACGUCGGUUGGAAUCCAUAAUGUUGACGGUAGUGAGGGGGUGGAUCUUUUUUUCAAAAUGUUGCACGGCACAAACUUUGCGAUGUUGUGGUGCUUCGACCAACAAACUCUGAGAGCCACGUGCUCAUGUUUCCCCUUCUCUGAGCAUAAUGGGUGAAUGGAUAGAGUGAGCAGACGCUGAAAUGCCUCCAGCAAGCGGACGAUCUGGGACAGCAGUUUCGUCUCGAGGAGACUUUGUACUCUGCUCCUGACUUGAAUUAAAACUGAGGAACAUUUGG